GGUAUACACUUCAUUAGAUAAAAUGAAAGUCUGAACUUAGUUACCUAGACUGAGUCGGAGACGAAAGACUAAAACUAUGAACGCCAAGUCGAGUCACUACUAUGACGUCGUUAAAAAACUAUCGUCAUUGUCGGGCCAGUGGCCCUAUCAGAGACCAAUAACGAGACUGUUCGGUGUAAUCUUGAUGACUCUCAGUACGAUGUCUAUGAUUAUUCCACAGACUGCUAAAUUUGUAAUAUGCGACGGAAACUUACAAUGUAUCUUUAACACCCUGACAUCCUAUAUGUUGACAAUCAUAACAUUGGUCAAGUUGUACACGUGUUAUUUCAACCGAUGUAAAAUGAAAGUUCUAAUUGAUCAGUUAUUCGUUGAUUGGGACGAAUUGGAAACGCCAGAAGAGUACGAAAUUAUGAAGAGGUACGCCAAGAAUGGCAGGCGAUACUCUUUGGGAUACUCGUUGUAUUACUAUUUUGGCGUAUAUGUGUUCGUAUCCAUAUCCCUGAUACCGCAAGUGUUGGAUGUCGUUUUACCUCUCAACGAAUCUCGUCCUAUACUGCCGACAUAUCCGGCACAUUAUUUCGUUGACGAGAGAAAAUAUUUCUUGUAUAUUUUCUCACAUUCUAUAAUGGCCUGGGAAAUUGCUGUUACUGUGAUACUCUCCCACGACUGCAUGCUCCUAACUUACAUCGAACAUGUCUGCAGUAUUUUCGCAUUAGUCGGAUUUCGGUUUGAACGAUUGGUAUACGACGAUGUUAAAGUGUUACAUUCUCAAACAAGUGACGCGUACAACAAACAAAUUGCAUUCUCCGUGUAUACGCACCGAAAAGCUUUAAAAUUCGCCCAACUAAUUGGAGAUACGUUCUCGUUAACGCUGGCUAUACAACUAGCGUUAAACACAGUAAUGAUCAGCACUACCUUGUUACAAGUUACACAGCAAAAAGCUAGUCUCUUACAAAUGAUAAGAUACGCGAUGUAUGUCUUUGGUCAAUUGAUUCAUCUAUUCUGCCUAAGUUUCGAGGGACAAAGACUGAUCGAUCACAGUCUGCAAACCCGCGAGAAAAUCUACAACAGUUUUUGGUACGAAACGCCCGCCAAGUUGCAAAGGAUGCUUCUGUUUGUGAUGCAAAAGAGUCUUCAACCCAUUUUCUUAAGCGCUGGCAAGGUCUAUGUUUUCUCAAUGGAGAACUUUACCAUGAUUGUGCAAACUUCAAUGUCGUACUUUACUGUACUCGCAAAUGAGAGUCUGAAAUCAGCUAGCUGGAGAAGACGAAAGACGAAAACUAUGAACGCCAAGUGCAGUCACUAUUAUGACGUCGUUAAGAAGGUAUCGUCAUUGUCCGGCCAGUGGCCCUAUCAGAGACCAAUGACAAGAUUGUUUUGUGUGAUCUUGGUGACUUUGAGCACUAUUUCUAUGAUUAUUCCGCAGAUAGCUAAAUUUGUCACGUGCAACGGAAACUUGCAAUGUAUCUUUGAAACUAUGACGUCCUACAUGCUGACAACCGUAACAUUGGUGAAGCUGUACACGUGUUACUUUAACCGAUGUAAAAUGAAAGUUUUAAUCGAUCAGCUAUUCGUUGACUGGGACGAAUUGGAAACGCCAGAAGAGUACGAAAUUAUGGAGAGGUACGCCAAGAACGGGAGGCGAUAUUCUUUGGGAUACUCGUUGUAUUGCUAUUUCGCCGUGUAUGUGUUUAUGUCCGUGUCCCUGAUACCACAACUGUUGGAUAUCGUGUUGCCUCUCAACGAAUCCCGUCCUAUACUGUCGACUUAUCCGGGACACUAUUUCGUUGACGAGAGGAAAUAUUUCUUCUACACCUUCUCGCAUGCUAUCAUGGCCUGGGAAAUUGCUAUGACCGGCAUAGUUACCCACGACUGCAUGCUCCUGACUUACAUCGAACACGUUUGCAGUAUUUUCACACUAGUCGGAUUUCGGUUCGAACGAUUGACGUAUAAACGCAACGACACCGCCAACAUUUUACAUUCUCGUACGAGUGACGCGUAUUGCAAACAAAUUGCAUUUUCCGUGUACACGCAUCGAAAGGCUUUAAAAUUCGCUCAGCUGAUCGAAGAUACGUUUUCGUUAACGCUCGCCAUACAAAUAGCGUUAAAUACGAUUUUAGAUAAUUCUAUCAGGCAAUUCUACAAAGAAUCUCUUUCGUGUUUGAAGAUUGCGCAGCAGGGCACCGGUAUUUUAGAAAUGAUAAGAUACGCGAUGUAUGUUUUUGGUCAAUUGAUUCAUCUAUUCUGCCUUAGUUUCGAGGGACAGAAGCUAAUAGAUCACAGUCUUCAAACCCGCGAUAAAAUCUACAACAGCCUUUGGUACGAAACGCCCGCCAAGUCGCAAAGGAUGCUUCUAUUUGUGAUGCAAAAGAGUCUUCAACCCAGUUUCUUAAGCGCUGGCAAGGUCUACGUUUUUUCAAUGGAGAACUUCACCAUGAUUAUGCAAACGUCAUUGUCAUAUUUUACCGUACUCUCAUCUUUGUCACUUUUCCCUUUACCAAGAGAUCUGACAAUGAGUAGGGCUUUAGCGGAAAAACAACAAGUUUUAAAUCAGCCACGCAAGAUCAGAGGACAAAAGACUCUUGCUAUGGGUAUCGUCGUUUUCGAUCAUUAUUACGACGUUGUUAAAAGAGUGUCAUCAUUGGCUGGUCAAUGGCCUUAUCAAAGGCCAAAAACGAGAUUGCUCUGUGUUGGCUUGGUGACCCUGAGUAUACUUUCGAUGAAUGUUCCACAGACAUGCAUUGCUAUUUGGGCUCUUAUCGUAAUUAUUUAUCAACGAUGUCACGAGGGAUAUAAUACAAAUCAGCUUGUUCAUAUGGGAUUUUGCGAGUGUACAAAAAGUGUACGAGUGAAAGGAUGUAAGGGUGCAAGGGAGCUCGAUCGUUAUAUACGAACUCAUAUUACUCACACCAAGAUGAAACAUCUCACCGACCAUUUGUUUGUCGACUGGAAUGCAUUGGAAACGUCCGAAGAGUACAAAAUUAUGACGAAAUAUGCCAAGAAUAGUAGACUAUACUCGUUGGGAUACUCGCCUCUCUGUCUAUUUUUGUCGAUGUCUCUCAUACCGCCACUAUUGGACGUUGUGUUACCCCUCAACAAAUCCCGCCCUAUUCUACUGACGUAUCCAGGAUACUACUUUGUCGACGAGAAAGACUACUUCUUCUACAUCUUCUUGCACGCUGUCGUAGCCUGGGAAAUUGCUAUGACUGGAAUAGUCGCCCACGAUUGCAUAUUUGUAACUUACGUUGAGCAUGUUUGUGGUACAUUUGCUAUAGUUGGGUACGCGCAACUUCUUGAAGAUACGUUUAGCGUACCAUUCGCUAUGCAGAUAUUGAUAGUAACGAUAGGGAUGAGCAUCACAUUGCUACAAAUUAUGCAGCAGAAGGACAGCAGCAAUAUUUUAGAAACAAUGAGGUACGCGGUGUACGUCAUUGUGUCAUCGUUGGCUGGUCAGUGGCCGCAUCAAAAUCCAAAAUCCAAAACAAUCUAUUUGAGCCUCGCGACUCUGUGCCUGUCUUCUAUCUUCAUUCCACAGAGCGAUAAAACAAGCGGUGCAUUACAGAUGGCUCAAUUCGUGAUAUGCGACAAGGACUUGCAAUGCAUAUUUCAAACCAUGGGAGCAUACAUGCUGGCGAUUAUAGCACUGGUGAAGCUGUAUACGUGUUACUUUAACCAAUAUAAAAUGAAAGCUCUGAUUGAUCGGCUGUUGGUCGAAUGGGACGAAUUGGAAACACCGGAAGAGUACGAGAUUAUGAAGAGAUAUGCUGAGAAUGGCAGGCGAUAUUCCUUAGGAUAUUCGUUAUACUGCUUCGUAUCCGCAUUUCUCUUUGUGUGUAUGUCUCUCGUACCACUACUACUGGAUGUCGUGUUACCUCUCAACGAAUCUCGCCCUGUACUGCCACCUACUCCGGGGCAUUACUUUGUCGACGAGAGAAAAUAUUUCGUCUACAUCUUCUUGCACGCCGUCGUGGCCUGGGAAAUUGCCGUGGCCGGAAUAGUGGCUCACGAUUGUCUACUCCUAACUUACAUCGAACACGCCUGCAGUAUUUUCGCACUAGUCGGAUUUCGGUUCGAACGAUUGACGUAUAAACGCAACGACACCGCCAACAUUUUACAAUCUCGUACGAGCGACGCGUAUUGCAAACAAAUUGCAUUUUCCGUAUACACGCAUCGAAAGGCUUUAAAAUUCGCUCAAUUGAUCGAAGACACGUUUUCGUUAACGCUCGCCAUACAAGUGAUGCUAAAUACAAUACUGAUUAGUGUAACCCUGUUGCAAAUCACGCAGCGAAACGCCAGUUUUUAUUUAGUGAUGAGGUACAUAGUGUAUGUCCUUAGUCAACUGAUUCAUCUAUUCUGCCUCAGUUUCGAGGGUCAGAAGCUGAUAGAUCACAGUCUCGAAAUUCGCGAGAAAAUCUAUAAUAGCCUUUGGUACGAAACGUCCGUCAAGUCGCAGAGAAUGUUCCUGUUUAUGAUGGAAAAGACCCUUAAUCCCAUUUUCUUGAGCGCCUGCAAGAUCUACGUCUUUUCAAUGGAGAAUUUCAGCAAGGUCUUGCAAACGUCGAUGUCAUACUUUACGGUACUCUCUUCUAUGGAGUAAUUUAUAAAUGGCCAAUGUUCACUAAUUAGUCUUGCAUCUAUACAACAGUUACGAGACUGUUUAAUUUUUAUCUUAGCAAUCUAAGCAAGUAAGACAAGUUUGUUAGCUAUUAUAAUAAAAACGUCUGUACUUACAACAGUG